CAAAGACAACAAAGUUGGUUAAUUAUUCUGAAACGUACAUACUUUUUCACAAAUAUCGAGCUUUAUCUGCUGCCAGCACAUCAGAGUUCGGUUUCUUGACAUGCCUCGGAUAUUAGCAGGUUCUUAACGAUUCUUAAGGUUCAAUUUCCUUUAAAAAUUUGUAAAUUGGUAUAAUACUUGAUGUAUACGCAUGUAUGCAUUCAAUGACUCUGUUGGUGUUUUGACAGAUAAAUGCAAAACCUGCUAGAGUACGGAUUUGACUUUAAGAAGAAAAACAAAUUGUCGUGUUGCGCAGCAAAGUAACAAUUUACAGGGAUAAGCUAAAGAAAAGCAAGGAAAAAGAGAAACAUCCAGAGAAAUGAAAGACACUGCAAAUAAGAAGUACGAACAACUUUUAGAUGACAAUGAAGUCAAUGUUGCCACUGACAAGGAACGUAACAAGAAUACAGUAUUGAGGGAGUGAAACACGUAAUAUGUAGCAUCUGUUCAAAGAGUACUCAGCUGCAAACAUAGUGACUAAAUUGCCUUAAAAUAACAAGUACAACAAUAUAGUCUUCCGAGUUAAAAAUGAAAUGGAUUAAUAAUCGGUAAAACAGAAAAUCGAAUAGUUACAAUCUGCAUCAAAUAUUCAAAAGCUGUGCUACACGAAAGUUACAUACAAAACAUUACUCGAGGGAUUACCGCAGUGUAGAAAGGGAACAAAAAAUUGUGUUACUCUUCCUCAUUUUUUUUUUUUUUUUUUUUAUUAUUUCUUUAAUGACUUUUACGAAUAUUAUGUGCCUUGAAAAUGGUUGAAAAUCAAUGGAUUACAAAACCUAAGAACAUGUCACAGAAGGUGGGUCGAAUCGAAAUAUUUUAUCGAAAUCAAGUUUUCAAUCGUAUUAACAGUAUAAACUUGACAAAUAAAUAUCUUAGCACUUUUAUCUUUGGCUAAAAUAGUCUAUAUAUAGUACAGUAAACACCACCAGUAUGGUAUAACACAAAUUCGUACAACGCGCGAUAUGUAAACCGAAAUAGGUGAUUUUCUCGUUUUCUCCGUUGGUUAUUUAAACAUUUUCAAUUUCUUUUAAUUUUUGACAUAAUUUACCGUCAACGCGAAAAAUAAACUAUCUACAUCCGUAAAUAAUUGUAUAAAUGUUUAGUUCACGAAGUGUAAUGUAAGAUCGUAGAUCCACGUAUAUAGAUCUAUGUAAAUCCCUUUAUGUAGUAGAAAGUGCUGGAAUGUCGUUCCAGGUAUCAACUGUGUAACAGUGUAAUAAUACAAUUCCAAUUGCAAUACUAUAGGAUGUAAAGUGUCUAAUUAAUGUUUACGUGGUGAUAAAGAUCAAUCCCCAGAAAUGUGGUUGACAACUAACGAAGCAGCCAGCCUUGGUGCAGAGGAAGUAGCAGCCAGGUUACACGUCGAUGUUAGAACAGGAUUGCGGUGGCAAGAAGCUGAUCAUCGAAGACAGUUAGUCGGAUACAAUGAAUUUAGUGUAAAAGAAGAAGAACCAACAUGGAAGAAAUACGUUGAACAAUUCAAAAAUCCUUUAAUUCUACUACUACUGGGUUCUGCUUUUGUUAGCGUAUGUAUGAAGCAAUUCGACGAUGCAGUCAGUAUUACAGUAGCUAUCAUAAUAGUAGUAACGGUUGCGUUUGUGCAAGAAUAUCGCUCUGAAAAAUCCUUAGAAGAAUUAAAUAAAUUGGUGCCGCCAACUUGUCAUUGUUUACGAGAGAGUCGUUUAGAAACAUUUCUCGCUCGUAAUUUAGUUCCUGGUGAUAUAGUUUACUUGAACAUCGGAGAUAGAGUACCUGCAGAUAUCAGGAUAUUUGAAGCAAUAGAUUUAACGAUCGAUGAAAGCAGUUUUACCGGAGAAACUGAACCAGCACAAAAGUCAACAACUCCGUUACUCAAGGCCAAUGGGUUAACAACGAAGAAAAAUAUAGCAUUUAUGGGUACAUUGGUGCGCUGUGGAAAUGGAAAAGGGAUAGUAGUGAAUACAGGAGAAAAAAGUGAAUUUGGAAAAGUUUUUUCUAUGAUGCAAGCUGAAGAAGCUCCAAAGACACCGCUUCAAAAAAGUAUGGAUAUUUUGGGCACUCAGUUGUCCUUUUACUCGUUCUGUAUUAUUGGUAUUAUUAUGCUUCUUGGCUGGAUUCAGGGCAAAGCUAUACUUGAAAUGUUUACUAUCGGCGUAAGUUUGGCAGUAGCAGCUAUACCAGAAGGUUUACCUAUUGUUGUAACUGUAACUUUGGCACUGGGUGUUAUGAGGAUGGCUAAAAGAAAAGCCAUUGUCAAGAAAUUACCAACAGUUGAGACACUCGGUUGCGUGAACGUGAUAUGCUCCGAUAAAACUGGUACAAUUACAAAGAACGAGAUGACUGCGACGAUCCUUGUAACCUCGGAAGGAUAUAUAGCUGAUAUUACCGGAGCUGGCUAUAACGAUAAGGGAGAAGUUCGAAUUCGAAAAUGUGAUAACUAUGACCUUGCGCGCACCGCUAUCAGUAAUAUGCUAGAAGUAGGAUGCGUAUGCAAUAAUGCUAUAAUACAGAACGAUACUCUGCUUGGUCAACCAACGGAAGGUGCACUGAUAGCAUUAGCCACAAAGUACGGAAUGUAUGGAGUUGCUGAUAAAUAUUUGCGGCUACAAGAAUAUCCGUUCUCGUCGGAACAAAAAAUGAUGGCUGUGAAAUGUGCACCAAAAUACGGAGAGAAUAGGCAAGAGAUAUAUUUUGUAAAAGGUGCUUUGGAAAAAAUUUUAUCUCAAUGUACCAAGUACUCUGCUAAUGGUCAAGUGUAUUCCCUUAAUCAAAAGAAAGACGAAGAAUUUCUAACGGAAGCUUACGAUAUCGGUCAACAAGGAUUAAGAGUAAUUGGAUUGGCACGCGGUACUUCAUUACAAGAUCUUGUGUAUGUCGGUCUUGUCGGUAUAUGCGACCCUCCUCGGCCACACGUUCGCGAAUCUAUAACAACUCUGAUUAACAGCGGCGUGAAAGUCAAGAUGGUUACGGGUGAUGCCAAAGAAACUGCAGCGGCAAUAGCAAGUAUGAUUGGGCUAGAUGUACUUCACUCGCGGCUAAUGUCUGGAGAUGAGAUUGAUUUAAUGUCCGAACACCAAUUAGAACAAUGUAUCGAUAAUGUUAGUGUAUUCUAUCGUGUUACGCCUAAGCACAAAUUAUGCAUCGUUAAAGCCUUGCAAAGGGAAGGAAAUAUAGUGGGAAUGACAGGUGAUGGUGUAAAUGAUGGAGUUGCAUUAAAAAAAGCAGAUAUAGGCAUUGCCAUGGGUAAAAAUGGUACCGAUGUAUGUAAAGAAGCUGCGGACAUGAUUCUACUUGAUGACGAUUUUGGAACUAUUAUCGAUGCAAUCGAAGAAGGAAAAGGAAUUUUUCAUAAUAUACGAAAUUUCGUAAGAUUUCAAUUGAGUACCAGUAUAGCUGCUCUUUCUUUAAUUGCUCUUGCUACUUUGAUGGGUAUACCGAAUCCUUUAAAUGCCAUGCAAAUACUUUGGAUUAAUAUUAUUAUGGACGGUCCGCCCGCUCAAAGUCUCGGAGUCGAACCAGUCGACAAGGACGUCUUGAAACAGAAACCACGUAACACAAAGGAACCAAUGAUUACACGGCAACUUAUUCUCAAUGUACUAUUGUCUGCCAUUAUUAUCAUUGUUGGCACUUUGUGGGUUUACAACAAGGAGAUGACAAAUGGUACCACUGCAAGGGAUACAACCAUGACAUUUACAUGUUUCGUUUUCUUUGAUAUGUUCAAUGCUCUAAGUUGUAGAUCGCAGACAAAAUCAAUAUUCACUAUUGGUUUAUGGAGUAACAAGAUGUUCCUGGUAGCUGUUACAUUAUCAGUAAUAGGUCAAAUGUUAGUGAUCUACUUUCCACCGUUGCAACGAGUUUUUCAAACCGAGGCUCUAACAGCAAAGGAUAUAUUGUUCUUGGUUGCGCUAACGUCGAGCGUUUUUGCGGUUAGCGAGAUAAAAAAAUUGAUAGAGAGACAGGUUUACAGACGGCGACGGGCAGGUACACAAUAUUACAAUAAGUCCGAGAUGGAUUUUGUAUGACAGUUGGAGUCUGCCGAAGACAAGGCGGACAAGGAUCAUUUGGAAUAAAUAUCCAAAACAUCGGACGGGUAGUAGUCAGUCAUUUUGUUCGUUCGUUCGUUCGUUCGUUCGUUCGUUCGUUCGUUCGUUCGUUUAUCAACAUUAUCUCGCUAUACACUGGACUAUGUGUGCACAUUUGUAAUUUGUAAUUUAUAUGUACACCUGUCACGAAACGAAAACAUCGUCUUGCGCUGUCAACACGUCAACUAUUCGCAAAUUACUGCGUCUUUUUAACAUUUAAACAUUUUUUGACUCUCUAAUGUAUGAUAAUCGGACUUUAGACGUUAAGAUUAAGCUGGUUUCACGUCUCGUCGAUCCAGGGAUUAUUAGACACGCGUCAUAGACUCUAGUGACAUCAUGCACAUUCCACACACUUUUCGUUUAAGAUGAAUCAUAAAGGUAACCGUUUAGUAAUUCGUAUUUAUAGUGAUCGAGACUAAAAAAAACGCGAUCAUUUUAACUUGCGCGGUUAGCAAAGUAAUUUAUCUCUCUCUUAAAACACAUCUGCUCGUUUACUCUUAAUAGAGUCUUUCGGAUUACAAUGUUACAUAGUAUUACAAAUUAGUAAAAUAAA